AUGGCUCCUUCAGCCAAAAAAAGGUCACAAGGCGUUGAAAAUACCGCGAUUUUUAUGGUCCCAGUCUACGACGACAGACAUCAGGGCGCAGACCUUCUCAUAAUACCUGCACCCAAAGCGAGCCCCGGCCCCAAAACAAGCCCUCAAGAACGCUCAGAAACACCGGCCAGAGCACCCACGCCUCCCCCCAAGCCUGUGAUUCCUCGGCAAUGCCAGGACUGGGAUGACUUCAUCUCAUGGAGGAAAUCUGAGGCGAUAUGCAAGGCAUCCAAGUCGGAGAAGCCGCGCCUCGCAAAUUCGGCCAAGGAGGACAUCAUGCGGGGGUUUGAGGAGUGGAAGGACUACUUGGCGCAGAUGAGGAUACCAGGCAGGAAAGCCAGGCCUGUCUCUAUCAUGAGCACCAGCACAACCGGCCGCAGCAUGGCAAGGUCGAGCAUGUGCUCCAUCUCGAGCACCAGCUCAGGAAAAGCAAGGUCUCUGAGGAGGUCCUCGCGUUCAAGACACCUGAGGGCCUAUUACUCGAUGGGAUCUCUGCUGAGGAACAAGUUCAGCUUAAGAGACAACGAACCUGUCAUAAGUCCCAUCGCAGACAUCCUGCGCAACACAACAGGCCGUCACCAACCCGCGAUGCGGAGGCCAAUCAGCCAGCACUCACUGCCGGCCAACUGGACAUACUUCAGCAGCCCACCUCCUCAUCCUCCUCCCAACAAACCUCUCCCUGCUCUGCCUGCCGACGCGCAGCAGUUGGAGAAGAGGACGAGGAAGAGGGGUCGGUCCGUGCUCGAGAUGAGGGAGAAGAAGAGGUUCCAGUUCAUAUUUUGGCAGUGA